ACGACCCGCCACCCACUACUAAGCACGAGUAAGCAGCACCACCCCAUGGGGGAAAGGGACAGGCACCAUCGACCAAGCAGACAAAGCGCAAUAGAGGAGCUGGGCGCACUAAGAAAAGACGCACCACUCCGGGCAAAGCAAAUACUCCCAAGCUGCUACACAAACACCAGGUUGGGGAUCCACCGCCGCUGGCGGCGACGUCGCAGCAGAAGUACCAGCCACUCCUCACCUCAGAGAGACCUAGCCUCAAGACAGAAGGCCCAAGUCCGCUACCUCACAUUCCAAAUCUCCGCUCUGACCCAGGGCCGGAGGGCCUAUGCGCCCAGCCCCCGCCCGACGCAACCCAAGGACAGCCUGCAUGCACACCCAAGCAUAGGUGCAGG